AGGUUAUACAGUAGGCGCAUAUUUGGCAUCAGCAGAGACCUCGUCGUGCCCGUACUCUCAUUUCUUCGCCGUAUUUUCUCUCUCCGGCUCAAGAGUCCGGAGGAAGUAGAGAGAGAAACUCGAAGGCGAGGUAGAGAGAGAGAGAGAGAGGUACAGUUUCUCCUGAUCCCUCUGAGAAAUCCUCAAUUAGUCAAUUGUGUUCUUGGAUGCACUGUUGCUGCAGAUUGGAUGUCUCCCCUGCUUUCAUUUCGUGGAGUGGCAUCGUGCUCUGUUGGUUCUUGCCUUCUCAGUUAGUAUGCCUUAGUCGUGCUCUGCGAUUGAUUUGAUUCAAUUUUUCAUUGAUCUUGCUACCCUCAACAUAUCCCCCUUUCAUUUUCUUGGUUUGCUUCUCGGAAAUUUGUGGUUUUAAACAGGUUUGUUUGGUUGGUGUUGCUUAAUUUCGGUUCUUGACUGUGCUUGCUUGGGAUGAGCUUUAGCCUGGUUCGACAUUACAAGAUGCGUUCUUUCUAGAAGUCGCAGCCUCAAAGCUCAUCUUCUAUGAGCUGGUCGCUGUAUCGUGGAUUGCAUGGGGUGGCGUACCGGUGUUUUGGGCCGUGGAGUGGAUGGAAAUCUGCAAUCCCUUUUGUAGGCUUAGGUGGCUUGAAGCUAAAUUUCUGCGAAUUGUGGUGAUUUCUGGAUAUUCUGAUUGAAUUAGUUGUAUGAUAGUCUUUUUGAUUAUAGGAAGAUAUAUGUUAGAACAUCAAGAGUGUCGAAUCAGGUUUGUCAGUGUGAACUUGUUUGGAGCUAAAUGCUUGAUGAAAGGAGUUUAGGAUAUCUCUUUGAGCGCUGCCUGCAAUAGAUGUAUAUUGAGACUGACAUAGGAGUAGAGUUGGGUAGUCCGACUCCCGAAGGAACAAAGCAGACUUAAUUUGAGAUAGAAUUUCGCAGGAAUCAUGUUCUAGUAUGAAGCAAGUUAAAAGGAACCUGAAUGGGGGAAAAAACAUACCUUGCUUGGUCAUGAGAGACAUUAUUGCUGUAUAAAAUAGGUAUGUCACCUUCAAUUAGUUCUUGAUUAAUUUCAUUGAAGGUGGAGGGCUGUACUAGGUCCUUAUCUAUUAUGUGUUGUACCUAAACAUGGAAAUCACCAGUUGAGGGCACUGUGCAUGUGCAAGCUGCUUGUUCCCCUGGUGCAGGUAGUUUCAGAAUUAUGAUCUAUCUACUUGUGGCAGGAUUCUGCUUGUUUUUUUUUUGGAAUGGUUCUCUUUCUGUACUUAUGAUUCUGUUAUUUUCUAUCAUUUGUUCAUAUUUAUGCUUGUCUGUUUGUCUUUUCUGUUGUAAUAUCUAUCGUCUAUUGCCCUUCAAGUGGCUUAGCAUAUUCCAGUGAAUGAUUAUGAAUCAAAGUAACAGGAGGCUGCCAUCAAUUACUCUUGCUCUUUAGCAUGUCAUUGUCAAUUCAGCUGAUUUAAUGCUGGCAAAUUGCCAUGAAGGUUACUUUAGGUGUCGAUUCAUCUGAUUUCUCAGAACUACCAGAAGCAAGAUGUUGCUUAGUUAGUGAUACCAUCUCAUAAUGCUCACGCUUUUGCGGGAAAUGGAGGAUCAACCAGUCAAUCCCAUGUCCAAGUCCAACCAUGGAUUCUUGUCAGGAAAUGUCUAUCAGAUGAAGCAAUCCGGACAUAAAAUCCAUGAUAGGGACUCCUCAUCAGAGUCUGGUCGGUCCCACCUAGAAGCAUCCGCAGUGAGUGAGAGCAGUCUAAAUGCACAACACACCUCAACGCAAUCUGACUAUGAUGAUGGCCAUGGGAAGCAUAAUCAGGACUCGACGAAGUCAGUAUUGUCCUUGGGGAAACAAGGAUCUGCCUUUUUGGCCCCAAAACUAGAUUACAGCCCAUCUUUUGCAUGUAUUCCUUAUGCUGUUGAUGUUUAUUAUGGUGGGGUAUUGACUGGAUAUGCUCCACAUGCCAUUGUUCAUCCCCAGCAAAAUGAUACAACAAACUCUCGGGUUCCGUUGCCUGUUGAACCUGCAGCAGAAGAGCCAAUAUUUGUUAAUGCAAAGCAAUACCAUGCAAUCCUUAGGAGGAGGCAGAUACGUGCCAAAUUGGAGGCCCAAAAUAAGCUGGUGAAAGAUCGGAAGCCAUACCUUCAUGAAUCUCGACACCGCCAUGCCAUGAAGCGGGCUCGUGGAUCAGGAGGGCGGUUCCUCAACACAAAGCAGCUCCAGGAGCAGAGCCAGCAGCAGCAGGCAUCAGGUGGUUCAAGCUGCACAGAGGUCAUUGGCAACAGCGCUAGCUCCCAAAGUGGCCCCACUCGCACGCCUUCGACACCUGCUCCCCUUGACACCGCGAGUGCUUCGAGGGCCAACCAGGACCGCAUCUUCUUCCCCUCGGCUGGCUUCCGUCCCACCGGGAGCUUCAGCGCGCAAGGUGGAGGAGACGCAAAGCUUGCUAAGAAUGGCAUGCAGCAGCGUGUUUCCUUCAUCAGGUGAAGAAAGUGAAAUGGGGCACAGCACCAUCACCUGGUGCGUUGCCUGUGGCAACUCAUCCUUGGCUUAUGAAAUUGUGAAUAUGUAUUGGACAUGUAGCUUACCAGCUUCAGUCUCAGAAUAACCAAACAUAUGCGAGUCCUUUCAAGUUCCCUGUAGUUAAAAGCACUGGCUGGUUAUGAGUUUGUUUCUGGAGAUUUGGAACCCGUGCUUGAUAGACUAUACCUUGUACUGAAUUCUGAGGUGAAGACCUCGAAACUUGCUCGUGUGGUUCAGUACCUGUUGAUUUUGUGUAUGCUAGGCUGGCUUUGCAGUUUGCAAUGUCUGACUUUUAGUA